AUGGAUUCAUCACGACGGUCAAGGAUGUUUGCAGCAGCGCUGAAAGUCGUCGGUGGAGACGAAGGCGGAGAACCGCCGCAUGGAAUAGACAGCGAUUUCCUCGAACUAAUCCACCAGCAACUUCAAACCAUAGAUAUCUCUCGCGCAUCCGACGAUGUGCAGCUGCAUGAUGAUGUACGCGCCGCUCUGAUAGGAAUCACUGGCGAGAAGACGAAAGGAGAUUCCCGUAACCCCCGACGGGGACGCGCUGCUCUCGAUGCCUCCGGGAUACAUGUUACCAUCAGCUUCCAAGCGAGUAGCAAAGCCAUGAAUGGGCACCAGGAAUCCCAGCUCCUCGAAGCCGAAACCGAGCACUCGAACAGUCGUCUGGAGCAAAUGAAAUCGGCCACCAAGAAGAUGUCUACAACUAUAAUGCAGCUGCGCAGCGCUAUCAAAGAAACCGAAGCCAAGUCUUCGCAGUGCCUCGAGGGCUUCGAUGAAAUGGAAAUCAAGAUGGCCGUAGCUCUUUCUGGAUGCCUAUCUUCGUCUUAUCAACUGAUGGACGUAUUCCCAAAGCCCGGUGUCGAUUUGUGCUCUGUCUCGCCGCAAAGAACGACCACAGACGGCCCCUUUGUAAGUUAUGACCGGACACUUGAGGGCAUAUCCUCCCUACGCAAGCCUGUCAUCGAGCAGUACAAACGCAGAGUCGCCGAUAUCCACGCCAUAGCGCAGGAAAUACCUACGCCAGAGGAGAUCGCGGCUGACCUGUGCGUUCUCCGGGAACCAUCGACGGAAGCGUGGAGGGCCUCGGUUAGAUUGGCACAAGAAGCUGCUUUUGACGCGGAAAUUAGAGCGAUGGUCGAUGCGCUAUCGCAGGACGGUCAGAUAGACCUAGGUGAAUUCCUUUCGGGGGAUGAUACAACAAAAACAACUACAACUACAACCGCUGGAUACUCGCCGGGACGUGAGGUCGUGGACGUCGAGGCUGAGCUUGCGGCCGCGCUGAAGCUCGACCAAUUCAACAUCCUACAGAAUAAGAAAACUGCCUUAGACGAUGCACUUCGAUCAUUCAAGGAACGUGUCCUCCCUCCGCUGCAGGCGGCGCACGACUGCCUCUCGUCUAUGCAUGCAAAGACCGUGGAGGCUGAGGCGCUCCUAGGCGCGCUCGGCGAGGAACUCGAGGCCGUGGCAGACGGUGUGCGCGCUGCCAGAGCCAGUGCGCCGCCCCCGAAACCGAAACCGAAAGACAGCGCGGCUGGGGAUAACGGGCGCGGUGCGUGCGGCGACCAUGGGGCAUUUGCGCAUUUGUGCGAUUUCUUCAAGGAACGUGAACCUUCGCGUCCUAAAGGCGCGCCGCCGCUGGUCCUGCUCGACACAGAAGAUAUCGAGAACGAGAUAAACCUCUGGACGGCGUACGAAGCGGCGCUGCUGGAGGACGAGCAACGCCUCCUCGCGCGUAUCCCACCUUCUUUGGAGAACCUAUCCGCUAGCCACGCGCCCCUGUUGUCCGCCAUAUACCAGCACUCCCCGCUCAACUCCUCGCCCCCCUUCUCCGAUUCCCCGCGCCUCGCCUCAGUAACGAGAAUUACUCAAGCCAAAGCAGAUGCGCUAGCAGAAACACUGGCCAGGAUACAGAAGUGGAUGUCACCCCAGGAUAUCGAGUCGAUCGAGUCGAGGCAAGCACAGAAGAAGCUUUCUCUCUUUGUGUCGAAGUGGACCGCGAAGAAGUAG